AUGCAGGUGCGUGUGUUAAUCUCUGCAGGUGCUCUGCGUGUGUCGCCUGCUCUGCUGGAACGGCACCCAGCUGGUCGUUAUCAGGUCCCCUUCCCCCCCACCCACCCACCUCCUCAAGGUUCAAUUCUCAGUCUCUCGCCGUCUGCCCUCCCUUUGCUCUCUGCAGGUGCUCUGCGUCUGUCGCCUGCUCUGCUGGAACGGCACCCAGCUGGUGCUCUGCGUCUGUCGCCUGCUCUGCUGGAACAGCACCCAGUUGGUGCUCUGCGUCUGUCGCCUUCUCUGUUGGAACGGCACCCAGUUGGUUCGACGUAUCUGCAGCUGCUUGACGGUUCAUCCAAUAACGUGGCUCAUUUUCUGGGCAAGGUGCUUCAGAUAUUGCUGGUGAAUGGAGCUGGGAAGAGAAGUGGGGAGGGGGAGAGGGGCAGUUUCGAAGAGAAAGGGAGUUUGUGGGGGGAAGAGCAGAGAAGAUUGGGAUUAGGUUGUCCAAGGGAUGCAACGAGUAGCAGUGGUUUCAGCACGGCAAGCAGAAGCAGUAUCGGCACUGGUUCCUCCAGUAGUGUCCCUGGCCCCACUAACAGCAGCACUGACAGCAUCGCUGAUAGAACGCAUACAACAGCGCACCGAAAGCUCGCAGAAGUGAUCAAGGAAACCCAAACAGACCCCUCCCCAAGAACCCCAUCCCCUCAUGCCCCACGGAAUUCUUCCUCCGCUUUCUCCACCUCCCUCCAAAACACCACCUCCUCUCUUCCCUUCCUCCCUCACGUUGACCGUUUUCUCCUCCCCCGCCACUUCUAUUUCCUCCGGAUAGUCCAAUCCUUCGGUCCGGAAGGUCUCCAUGCCUCCCUGCUGCAGCACCUGCUCGCCGCCGCCCUCCUCCCGGACCUGAUGGAGGAUGCACGAACCUGUGGGCCAGGCUCGGUGAGUCCGGGUGCUGGCCCGGGGUCUGCUUCGGCAGCGGGAUCUGGUGUGGGUGGAGCAGCGGCAGGUUCGGAGGGGUUCAGUGUGGCGACGGGAGGGGAGGAGGGACGGGGAGGUGAGAGAGAGGGAGCGGGAGGAGGAGGCGGAGAAGAAGGGCCGAGAGACAACAGCAGAAUGGGAGAAGCGAGGGAGCGGGGCGAGUGGGAGAAAGAAGUAAUUGAACAACUGCUAAACCGCAGCUUGUUACUGGACAUCAACACGACCAGCCUGGUCGGGGGCAGGGUGGAGUUUGAGCACGUGUGGGACAAGGCAACUGAAGCACAACCUCUGUGCUUCGAGAACGUGGUGCUGCCGGGGAAUCUCGCUGCUAUUCUGUACCCGGGCGGGCAGGAGGUGCAGGCUGCGUUUCUGGAGAGGAUUGACUGGUGGUUGGGGAAAGGGGACGUGGGGAAGGUGGGAGGGGAGGCGGGAGAGGAGGGACGGAGAGGGGUGGUUGAAGGGAAGGGAGAGCAGGCAAGAGAAGGGCACGGGGAGGAGGGAAAAGGGGAGGGACAGGUGGGGAGGUUGGGGCGAGGGGGAUGGAGUGCUUGGGAUAGGGGAAGGACGGGAGCAGGAGUGAGCCUGGGGCUGCAGCCAGCAGGGAAUGAGAAGAUCCGCCUGCUGUAUCUGCAGCGAACUGCUUCGGCCAAUCAGGGGCGGCGUGCAUUGGACCACACGUCCCAUGUGGCGCUGGUGAACCUCUUUUCCCGCCUGAAUUUCGACGUGCGGGCGGCAGAUCUCGGGCGGCUGGGCUUUAAGGAGCAGUAUGCGGCGGUGCGGAGUGCCGAUGUCAUUGUGGCGGUGCAUGGGGCGGCCCUGGCGCCCACCUGUGCGUUCCUGAGGGGGGUGCCCCCUGUUGUGCUGUUGGGGGAUGAAACAGGCUCAGUGGUGGUGGAGAUAGUCCCGUUUGGCACGCAGCCUACUCUUUAUCAAACCAUGGCUGUGGCAAGUGGAGCGACGUACAUUCAGCACCAAUGCCAUGCCGCUCGAACGUUCCCCCGGGACGAGGAAUUCAAACUUUUGACUGCCCGGGAUUGCGACCGGAACGCGAGUUGUAAGAAUUAUCGCAUUCACGAGCGUCCGGUCGAGCUUUCCCAAUUAGACUUGAAGGAAAUCGGUCAUGCGCUGAAGCUGGCACGAGAAAUUGCUGGGAAAGCGAGGGGCGGUGUGGUUGAGGCAGCGGAGGGAUUAAGGGAGAGGGUGAAGGAAGGAUUAUGUAGGCAGUGCGGUAAUGGUACUUGGCCUGCCCCUGGGGAGCCUUAG